GUGGAACCUUCUCAAGAAGAACAGUCAGUGUUGUAUGAAGGUUCAAAUUCAGCUGUUAGCAUGGAAGUUUCAGAACCUGUUGUAGAAAAUGGAGAGACAGAAAUGUCCCCAGAAGAAUCAUGGGAGCACAAAGAAGAACCUAGUGAAGCAGAGCCAGGGGGUGGAGAUGGAAGGCCUCCAGAGGAGAGUGUCCAAGAAAUGAUGAUGGAGGAGGAAGAAGAAAUACCAAAACCUAAAUCUGUGGUAGCACCACCAGGUGCACCUAAGAAAGAACAUGUAAAUGUAGUCUUCAUUGGGCAUGUAGAUGCUGGUAAAUCAACUAUUGGAGGACAAAUAAUGUAUUUGACGGGGAUGGUUGACAAAAGAACACUUGAAAAAUAUGAACGAGAAGCUAAAGAAAAAAACAGAGAAACUUGGUACUUGUCAUGGGCCUUAGAUACAAAUCAGGAAGAACGAGACAAAGGUAAAACUGUAGAAGUGGGCCGAGCAUACUUUGAGACAGAAAAGAAGCAUUUCACCAUCCUCGACGCCCCUGGGCACAAGAGUUUUGUCCCAAACAUGAUUGGUGGUGCUUCUCAAGCUGAUUUGGCUGUACUGGUAAUCUCUGCCCGGAAAGGAGAGUUUGAAACUGGAUUUGAAAAAGGAGGACAGACAAGAGAACAUGCCAUGUUGGCAAAAACAGCGGGUGUAAAACACUUAAUAGUGCUUAUUAAUAAGAUGGAUGAUCCAACAGUAAAUUGGAGCAAUGAAAGAUAUGAAGAAUGUAAAGAAAAGUUGGUGCCAUUUUUGAAAAAAGUUGGCUUCAAUCCCAAAAAGGAUAUUCACUUCAUGCCCUGCUCAGGAUUGACUGGUGCAAACCUUAAAGAGCAAUCAGAUUUCUGUCCUUGGUAUAUUGGGUUACCAUUUAUUCCAUAUCUGGAUAAUUUGCCAAACUUCAACAGAUCAGUUGAUGGACCAAUCAGGCUGCCAAUUGUGGAUAAAUACAAGGACAUGGGCACUGUGGUCCUGGGAAAGCUGGAAUCAGGCUCUAUUUGCAAAGGACAGCAGCUUGUAAUGAUGCCAAACAAGCACAACGUGGAAGUUCUUGGAAUCCUUUCAGAUGAUGUAGAAACUGAUUCUGUAGCCCCAGGUGAAAAUCUCAAGAUUAGACUGAAGGGAAUUGAAGAAGAAGAAAUUCUUCCAGGAUUCAUACUUUGUGAUCCUAAUAAUCUUUGUCAUUCAGGACGCACAUUUGAUGCCCAGAUAGUGAUUAUUGAGCACAAAUCCAUCAUCUGCCCAGGUUAUAAUGCGGUGCUGCACAUUCAUACCUGUAUCGAAGAAGUCGAGAUAACAGCCUUAAUCUGCUUGGUAGACAAAAAAUCAGGAGAAAAAAGUAAGACACGACCACGUUUUGUCAAACAAGAUCAAGUAUGCAUUGCCCGUUUAAGGACAGCAGGAACCAUCUGCCUUGAGACCUUCAAAGAUUUCCCUCAGAUGGGUCGGUUUACCUUAAGAGAUGAGGGGAAGACCAUUGCAAUUGGAAAAGUUCUGAAACUGGUUCCAGAGAAGGACUAAGCAUUUUUCUUGAUGACCCUGCACAAUACUGUGAGGAAAAUUGACUCUGCAAAAGCCUACUUCACACCGCCUUCUCUUAUUUUCUGCCCAUUGAUAAACUUCUCCCCAUAUUUUGCAAAGACAAAUUUCACAGCAAAAGUCCACAUUAUGUCAGCUUUCUCAUAUUGAGAGCUCUGCUAUGCCACUGUUGAAUUUCCCCCAAAGUUUUUUUCUCCUCCCAAAUUCUGCUUCCUUGGACAGAUUCGGCAAUAGCUUUGUAAGUGAUGUGGACAUAAUUGCCUACAAUAAUGAAAACCUAAAGGAAUUUUUUAUUUUUAAUUUUCCCCUUAGGCAUAUUUAGACAUCUUUUUUCCAGGCAGAUCAUUCAGAGUGUGCGAGUGUGUGUGCACAUGUUACAAAGACAACUACCAUGUUAAUAAAAUAUUCAAUUUGAAACCC